AUGGCUAAGCAAGUGCAUCUCCUGCCGCGCAUGUCGGCCAAGCCUCCCUUCUCCGUCGAGGUGCCGAACCAGCCGCCGCCGCCGGAUGGCCACACGACCAUCCGCAGGCAUCCGGCCGCCGUCGACGGCCUCAAGACCCAGAUCUCAGACGACGUCCGGACCGUCUAUGAGCUGGUCAAGUCCAGCGUAGCCAAGUAUGGCAAUGCCCGCUGCAUGGGCUCCCGCCGCCUGGUGCGCACACACCAAGAAAAGAAGAAGAUCAAGAAGAUCGUCAAUGGCCAAGAGACCGAGGUCGAAAAGAGCUGGACCUUUUUCGAGAUGAGCCCUUAUGAGUACGUCAGCUACAACGACUAUGCCGUACUCAUCAAGCAGCUCGGCGCCGGCCUGCGCAAGAUUGGCCUCCAGAAGGAUGACCGCGUCCACAUCUAUGCCGCGACCAGCGCCAACUGGCUCGCCAUGGCCCACGGUGCUAGCUCCCAGAGCAUGCCCAUCGUCACAGCCUAUGACACGCUGGGCGAGGAAGGUCUGAGGUACUCGAUGGUCGCCACUAAGGCUAAGGCUAUCUUCCUCGAUCCUCAUCUCCUUCCCACACUCACCAACGUCCUCAACGAUGCUAAGGCCAUCAAGACCAUCAUCUGGAACUCCCAGCACCAGGUCAACCAGGUCCACAUCGACAACCUCAAGUCUCAAUACCCCGAGAUUGAGAUUAUGAGCUUUGAGGACCUGCGUAAGCUUGGCGAGGAGAACCCCGUCGAUGACGUUCCUCCGAGUCCCGAGGACUUGUGCUGCAUCAUGUACACUUCUGGCUCUACGGGUACCCCCAAGGGUGUGCCCGUCACACAUAGAGCCGUUGUUGCUGCAGUUGCUGGUGCUAGCGUUGUCGUCGAGAAGUGGAUCGGCCCUGGCGAUGGCCUUCUCACAUACCUGCCCCUUGCCCACAUUCUCGAGUUCGUUUUCGAACACGCUGCCAUUUACUGGGGUGCUGUGCUGGGUUAUGGCAACCCCAAGACCCUUUCGGAUGCCUCGGUCCGCAACUGUAACGGCGACAUCCGCGAGUUCAAGCCGUCUGUCCUGAUCGGCGUGCCCGCCGUCUGGGAGACGGUCAAGAAGGGCAUCAUUGCCAAGGUCAACGCCGGCAGCCCGCUCGUCAAGACUCUCUUCUGGGGCGCCAUGGGCCUCAAGGAGAAGCUCCUUGCGAACGGCUUGCCCGGCAGCGGCCUGCUCGACGCCAUCGUCUUUAAGAAGAUCAAGGAGGCGACGGGUGGCCGCAUGAAGCUCUGCCUGAGCGCUGGUGGUCCCGUCUCGGCGGAGACCCAGAAGUUCAUCAGCAUGGCCAUCUGCCCGAUGAUUAUCGGCUACGGUUUGACCGAGACAACGGCCAUGGGUACCCUCAUGAGCCCGCUCCAGUGGACCACAGAGUCCAUCGGUGCCAUGACUGCCUCAGUCGAGGCCAAGCUGGUCUCCUUCCCUGAUGCCGGCUACUUCGUUGAGAACGAGCCGAACCCGCAGGGUGAGAUCUGGCUCCGUGGCCCGACAAUUCUCAAGCACUACUGGGAUAACGAGGCCGAGACCGCCGAAGCCAUCACCGAGGACGGCUGGUUCAAGACUGGCGAUAUCGGCGAGUUUGACAAAAACGGUCACCUCAAGAUUAUCGACCGCAAGAAGAACCUUGUCAAGACCCUCAACGGCGAGUACAUCGCUCUCGAGAAACUCGAGUCGAUCUACCGCUCGUCGCCUCUGGUCGGCAACAUCUGCGUGUACGCCUCGAUCAAACACACGAAACCCGUCGCAAUUAUCAUCCCGGCGGAGCCUGCUCUCAAGAGGCUUGCCGCUACCAUUGGCGUUGAGGGCACGCUUGAGGAGCUCGUCAACAACGAGACCGUCUCGGCCGCCGUCCUCAAGGAGCUGCAGAACGCUGGUCGCAACGGUGGCCUCUCUGGCAUCGAGAUCAUCGAUGGCGUCGUUAUGGUCGACGAUGAGUGGACUCCGGAUAGCGGUCUCGUGACUGCUGCCCAAAAGCUCAACCGCAGGGCCAUCAUCAAGAAGUACGAGAAGCUCGUCGACAAGGCCUACGGUGACCAAUAG